AUGUCUCGUCGUCCCUCUUCAGAAUCUGUAAAUUCCGGCAAAUUUUCGCUGAAUUCGUUUGCCGACUCCUCAACAAAUGCCAGCGAUUUCAACGAGACCCGCACCGAGUGGACCAGCAUCUACAGCGCGGCGCUGCUCUCCUUCAUCAGCGCCGUCCAAUUCUCGCUGUAUUUGUCGUCCAUGUGGCCGUACAUGCAGAUGUUGGACAAGGAGAUCACCGAGAACUUUUUUGGGCUUGUAGUUUCCGCCUACAGUGUGGGGCAGAUCGUGGCGGCCCCACUGUUUGGGUGGUGGUCGAAUCGGAUCAAAAAAGUCUCACCGCCCCUCUCCGUGGGUCUGACAAUGAUGCUGUUGGGGAAUGCGAUGUACAUCGUCAUGGCGGUUGUCCCAAUCCCAAACCGGAUCUUGUUGCUGGUUGGGCGAUUAAUUACCGGCGUUGGGAGUGGGAAUGUGGCAUUGCUGCGGACGUACGCAUCCACCGCCUCCACAACCGACGACCGCUCGAGGGCGAUUGCGUUUGUCACGUGCGGACAGGCGCUGGGAAUGGUGGUGGGACCGGGUGAGUAGUGCAACAGAGAAAUUUCACUUUGAAUUAUCAGUCCGUCGGGAAAAUAAUGAGGACUCUGACACAUCGAAAAUUGCAUCGCCGCCGAGAAAAUGAGUUGUGUCGCGAAAAUCAAAUUGCUUUUCACUUCAGCGACGCGAUUGGCGGAAAGGGACAUUUUGCUCACUAUUUUCCCGACAAACUCAUAAACAGUCAAACCUCUGCACAGCGAGCCGCAAAAGGGCCUGAAAUUGACUUUUGAGACCUUGAAAUUGUUGGUUGUGUAAUGCAUAUUAUCAGUCUGUCGGGAAAAUAAUGUAGAUUCGUCGCGCCUUGUAGUCGCCCUUCAUCACAUUGCGACGGCAAGUCGCCACGAAAAAUUUGUGUGCGACUGCAACGAGGGCGACAAAUCCGCACUACCUUCCCUACAAGCUGUUAUGAGUCUGUCGGGAAAAUAACGAGCACAAUGUCGCGUCCAAAAUCGCAUAGCUGAAAUGAAUUAUGUUGCGGCAAAAUCAAAUAGCUUUUGCUUCAGUGAUGCGACCGGCUCAGCCACAGUGUGCCCAUUAUUUUCCCGACAGCCUGAUACACAGAUUCCACCAUUCUUUAGUCUCCUAAUCCACUCAACCUUUGAGCUCUUCCCUUUCAGUCUUCCAACUGAUCUUCACGCCCCUCGGCUUUCCCGGCUUUGAAUUAUUUGUCGACAAACUCCGGUUCAACUUGUACACAGCGCCCGCCUACCUCGCCUGCCUCAUGAAUAUCGCGGGAAUGGGGCUGUUGCGCUUCGCAUUCGUUGAAAAGUCCGUUGGUAUUGUCACAAAGACUUGCCAGUCCGCCGACGCGGAGAGCCAGCGAGUCGAAGAGGUGGAGGUUCAGCUGCCAAAGUACGAUGGAUGUGCAAUUUUGGUGUGUUAUGCGACCCGAUUCACCGACGUCUUUGUGCGCACCAACUUGGAGACUCUGGGCGCUGCGUUCGCGAUGAUGAUGUUCAGCAUGACCGAGCACGAGUCGGUGGCCUACAAUCCGGCCGCACAAGGGGUGGUUGGAUUCCUGACGUUUGCAACAUACGUCUUCUACAUUUACUUCCAUUUGGACAAACAGUGAGUUGGUUUUUAUAAUACGACAGUCAAAAUUCUGUAGAAAGAGUUGCAAAAAAACCAAAAAAUGAGUCGUUAUAUGAGUCUGUCAUGAAAAUAAUGAGCUCUCCAUCGCAUCGAAAAUCGCAUCGCCGCCGAGAACAUGAAUUGUGUCGCGGCAAAAUGAAAUUGAAUUUUCCGCGACAUGAUCGGCGAAGCGACAUUGUGCUCAUUAUUUUCCCGACAGACUGACAGAAAUCUUUCGUGGUACUAGUCCGUUCGAAAAGUCGCUGGAAUGAUUUUUGGCGUUUACACUAUGUACAAAACGCGGACAGACUAGUACGAGGCUCAUUUUGACUUCAAAUUAGCUCUUGAGACCUCUGCGAUGGUUGUAGGCAGGUCGUUGCGUAGCUUGAUAUUUCGAUGUUUCUUUGUUUUAUUUUUCAUGAGGGCGUUGCUGCAAGUACUGAAAGGUCUUUAACAUCCCUUGUCCAACGCGGACGACUCGUCAUUAAUGCGUUAAUUUCAGCAUCAACAUGAGGCUUGGCUGUAUGAUCUCGUUGGCCGCGUUGAUUGUUUUCCACUUGUUGACCUUUUCGUGGCCGUUCUUGCCAAAACUCAACGAAGCUUGUAAGUCCCCUAUUAAAUGCCAGGAUCAUCGGCAACCUUGGCUAGGAUCUUCAACAGCCCCGCUGGAAGCUCUCAUCAUCUUCCGUAGUUAAAUUACAUUACAUUCUAUUUUCAGUUGAUCCCAACGACACCGCAGUUGGUUGUAAUUUCGGGCGGUUCGCGUGGUGCGAUCAAAUGAAUGCCGUCAAUGUGUACGUUUACUACGGCUCGUAUGCCAUAGUGAUUGGGCUGGCAUUCCCACUGCUCACCAUCACGAUGAACACGCUGUUCUCGCGGAUCUUGGGCCCUCGUCGACAAGGCACUGAACAAGGACUUUUGCAAGGCUGUAGCGGACUGGCCCGACUAAUUGGGCCACUCGCCGGCAGCUCGUUAUACACGGCGUGGGGUCCGAGGCCGGUGUGGAUCAUGGAGAUUGUUGUUAUUGUCGCGGUAUUGCUGUCGUGGCUCAAAAUGUAUCGACGAAUGGUCCCGUUCGAGGAGAGGAUGCUUCGUCGGCCCUCGGCAAAUUCCUUCGCGUCAAACUUGACGAUUGUGCGGAAUGAGAAGCGAAAUGAAAGCGACGAAAGUGCGUAA